UGUUAACAGCAGUAGGAUAUUCCUUUGAAAGAGUGUGGAUGCAUUCUUGUUUGCCAGCAAAGAAGUUCCAGCUCACAGGAUUUACAGACGCACUAUGCCUACCUGGGACAGGCAAACAUGUCAGAGAAAAACUGUAUCUGCGUGUGCUGUUACUUCUCUUGUUGUUUUGGUGGGACUGCUGAUGUUUGUUGUCAUAUAUCUGACACUAAGCUGGCAGGAUGUCGUUGAAGAGCAUUUAAUGCAGGAUCUGCCGUAUGACGACAUGAAUGACGAAUGCAGAUCCAAAGCUACAGUUGUGACUGAUAAAGCCAUGAUGCAGAAAUGGGACACCAGUACAAACUUUAGUCAACCUUGGAGCAACGCGGAGAAAAAAGCUAGAGAGCCUGCACACAAGUACAUGGAGAAACACCAUUCGGUGGCCUUAUACCUGUACACAAAUAUUAUGCUGCAACCUGUCAAGCAAGACAUUGAGACUGCAGAAAGAAGUAGAAAACGACUAAAAAAGACAUUUGAGCCCCACUCCCUUUAUUUUUUCCUUAGCGAAGCCAUUCAGAUUCUGAAGCACAGUCAAGUGACAUGUCUUCAGACAAAUUACAGAACAGAGACACUUUUACAUCUCAACAUCUCUAACAAACUGAUUCGGUUCAACACCUUCACAUUAGGUUCUGACGGGUGGAACUUUAAAAGAAACGCUUCAUGUUUUGAAGUAUACACAUGUUUCGGUGCUGACAUAACACUUUAUUCAGCCCUGAAAUUAAACAGACAGGUGCUGAUUCCUCCCUAUGAGGUUUUCAAAGUCACAGACACAGAGACAAAUACACAGAGGUGUAAAAUCGUCUACAGGCUGAAGAGCAACCUGAACUGCGUUUAUGAUAGAGAAAGCAAUACGUUGCAUCCAAUAUCUGCAUUACCAGUGGAUGGAUUUUGACUCAUUUUUGCCAUCACUUGUAUGAUUAUUGUAUCUCUUUUGUUACCCUUUGUCAUUGUGAAGGUGUUAGAAAACCAUAAGAAAAUUGCUGUUUACAGUGCCUCAUCUUUGCGUGACAGCACUUACUACCCGCCAAGAGUUGUCUUUUAAAAGCAAGCUUUCAUUUUAAAUAAAGAUGGUCCUGUGAGCUUCACAAUUGGCAGCAAUCCAAUGUGGCCUGAAGUAAGCUGUUUUAAAACUUCAUGCAUUGAAAACAAGGAAGAUGUGGUUAUAGCGUUGUUCCCUCCUAACAUAUUGCAUUCUUGCUUUGAUUACAUUUAAGAAACUUUCAUAAUUUUAAUUAUUAUUAUUAUUAUAUAAUAUUUACAAAUGGUGUUCUUCCAUAUUCAGACUUACUUGUCAUGCUAUAAUAAAGUGCUCUGUUACUCCAUUCAUAACUGCUGAAGGGUUCAAGCCUGUUGCAACUCACCUAGCAGCAAUAUUGGGUGCAGUCUGAGGAAUGCAAUGAAUUAAAAAAUAUAUCAUUUUUACGGUUAUCAUAAUAGAACAUAAUGCGCCCUGGAAUGGAAAAAAUAUCAGCGAAGUCAAAACAUAUCUGAGUAUAGCACUAAAUAAUUUCAACAAGAUUUAUUUCCCUUUUAACACCAUUCAAUGGUGAGACUUUUGUGUUUGUAUGAAAAUUGCUUACAACAUUUUGUCAAAUUUGGAGGCUUCAUAAAAUGCAGUAUUACAAGUAAGACCUUGAAACCACAAUGUUUUUCAUUUUUAUUCAUUUAUUUCACC